AUGAAGAAUUACGAAAAUAAAGAUGUUUCAGUUAACCAAGGAACAUGGAAAGUGGAGGGUCUAGUAAAUAUGAUCCAAAACUUGGUUAAUCAAAUUGUUAUUGCAUUAAAUAACAAAACAAAAUCAAAGCAAGACAAUAUUGGUAUGGCAGAACGUACCUUAUUUGCUUCUUUUAGAAGAAAAAAUGAUAAAAAUAUAGGUCAAACCAAAAGAGGACAUCUGGUGGAUUAUAAUUUUACAUUUCGGAUAAAUGAAAGUAUAUUGGAAGUUUUUAUUUGUGAAUUUGCAGGUGCACCAAGUUGUUUGACAGAUGAAAUUGUUAGUCUAAUGAUUAAUCUAAGAGUAUAUGGAGGAAUUUCAAAUGAAUUCCAAUUUGUGAUUUAUGCAUUUGGUAUAGAAAAUGGAUUGCGAGAUGUUAGCUUAGUGUCUCCUGAAGAUUGGGGUGGACUUGAUGGAAUAUGGUACGAAAGAUAUAUAAAGGAAGCAAAAAAAUUCUAA